GUAGCACACACCACUAACAGAGAGCAGAAAACACACCUGGAUAAGUCUGCAGGAUCUGAAACGUUUUAACGAUUAUGUCAAAAGGAUUCUUCUGAAGUUCUCCACAGCAUUUCCAGAGGACCUCCCCCACAAUGAACCUGAUCUGUGCAAUUCUACUUCUCUCACCGUUGUCCUUAGUCCAUGGGGCCUGCUCUCUCAAUGGGAGGAAAAGAGGAGACUUAUUUGACUGCCCAGCAGAUGUGUACAUUGUGCUGGACACUUCUGAGAGUGUAGCACUGAGAGCUAAGCCCUAUGGCUCCUUUGUGGAAAAGAUCAAACAGUUUGCCCAGGACUUUGUGGACCAGCUUAACACCAGGUACUACCGCUGUGAGCGUAACCUGACGUGGAACGUGGGAGUCCUGCACUACAGUGACGAGGUGAAGGUGAUGAGUGAAUUGACCAGCACCAAGGAGUCCAGUGGCAGAAACCUGCUGAGGACAGCCAUACGGGACAUCCGCUACAUUGGCAAGGGUACCCACACCGACUGUGCCAUCUCCGUGGCAAAUGGGCAGCUCAUGGCAGGCUCUCAUCUCCGUGGCAACAAGUACAUGGUAGUGGUAACAGAUGGGCAUCCGCAGGACGGCUACAAGGAGCCGUGUGGCGGCGUGGCCGACGCCGUGUCUGAGGCCAGAGCCAUGGAGAUCAAAAUCUUCAGUGUGGCUAUCACUCCCCAUCAUAUGACCAGCAGACUUGAUUCCAUAUCGACAGAUCCAACACUUGCCCAUAACCUGUCUGCUACCAGUGAGGACCCUCAGGUGGUUAGGAACACCAUCAGCUCCAUCGUUUCCUAUAUGUACAAGGAUUCUGAAGCUUUGUGCUGUUCAGUGGAUUGCAAGGCUCCCCGGGGAUCUCCAGGAUAUCCUGGUGCUGCUGGGAAAGAGGGAACUCCGGGACGUCAGGGGAUCGCCGGGAGACCCGGAAGUUCGGGAGACAAGGGGACAGCAGGUGACCAGGGACCCCCAGGACACCAAGGAGAAAAGGGUGACCAGGGGCCUGUUGGUGACAGAGGUCCAAGGGGCCCGUCUGGACAAAAGGGCGAGAAAGGGGUCAAUGGAGUGGAUGGAAAAGACGGCCUUAAGGGGGAACCUGGGUUUGUGGGUUUGCCUGGCUGUAAAGGAGACGAUGGGGCAGAGGGGGAGCCAGGUUCUUUAGGACAGAAAGGGGAUGAAGGAUCUUAUGGAUUACCUGGGCAAAAGGGUGAGACUGGGCCAGCAGGGGAGGCAGGUAUUCCUGGAGUGGCUGGACUCAACGGAGCCAAGGGAGAGCCUGGACCAAUGGGAGUGCCUGGAAAUAAGGGUGACAGAGGAGAUGAUGGGGACUUUGGCACCCCUGGGGCCAUGGGCAGAAAGGGUGAAAUGGGAGAGAGGGGACUGAGAGGGGUUCCAGGAGUAAGAGGUGCUCAAGGGGAUGUGGGGGACAAAGGCCCUGUUGGGGAAUUGGGACAUGAAGGUCAGGCUGGAGAUGUGGGUUCACAGGGCCUGACUGGAGUGUCUGGACCAAAAGGGUACAGGGGAGAACCAGGUCCCCCAGGACCCAUGGGUAUUAGGGGCCCCAGGGGGCCUCCAGGAGCCCCAGGAGAAGCAGGGCCUGUUGGUGAGAGGGGUGAUGAUGGAACCCAAGGUCAAGGCCUACCUGGAUAUCCAGGAUUUCAGGGCUACCCUGGUUUGAGGGGACCUACAGGUCCACAGGGUAUCAGGGGAUUACCAGGGUCAAAAGGUGAUGCUGGCCUUCCAGGUGAUCGUGGUGAUGAUAAUGACCAGACAGGACGGGAAGGCCCCCAGGGGCAAAAAGGGUUCCCUGGCCUCACAGGAGAAAAUGGACAACCAGGCCCAGUAGGCCAUCCAGGGGUGGAUGAAUGUGAGAUCCUUGAGAUCAUUCAGAAACUCUGCUCGUGCUGUGUGUGCGAGUGUGGCCCAGUGAAUCUUCUAUUCGUACUGGACAGUUCAGAGAGCGUUGGGCUGCAAAACUUCACCCUGGAGAAACAGUUCAUCAUUCAAAUCAUCAACCGGAUUACUAAAUUCAGCAUGGACAAGAAGGAGCUGGGAUCACGAGUGGGUGUGGUUCAGUACAGCCACGGGGGCACGCAGGAGCUGGUGUCUAUGAGGGACCCAAAGAUCACCACAGUAGCACAGCUAAAAAGUGCUGUGAAAAAUAUGCAGUGGAUUGCUGGUGGUACAUACACAGGAGAGGCCCUGGAUUUUGUCCGCCAGAACCUUGACUCCAAGAACCGUACAGUGGCAAUAGUCUUGACAGACGGGCGCUCGGACACCCUCCGGGACCCCAAACCACUGUCCUCUCUCUGCUUCCUGCCUAAUAUAAGGGUGGUUGGCGUUGGUAUUGGGGACAUCUUUAGACGGGCGCCCUUCCUCUCCAUGCUGGAGGAGAUCACCUGUCAGGACACUUCCUCAGCUGGAUUAUACUUUAAGAUUCAAGACCAUGCGCAACUGCUUGAGGAUUCCUUCUUCAACAGCCUUACAGACUACAUCUGCAAAGAUAAGAAAUGUCCCAAUUACACCUGUCCUGCGAACUUCGAGGAGCCCACCGACAUUGUGUUCAUGUUGGAUGGCUCCGCCAGUGUGGGCCCGGCCAACUUUCACAGAGCCAGGGAAUUUGUCGGGAACAUGGCUACCAGGCUGCUCUCUCAGGACCGGACAGGGCUGCUCCGCUUGUCCGUCUUGCAGUACAGUGAUAAGAAGCAGCAGAGAGUGGAGGUGCCUUUCACUGCCAGGGUGGAGGACGUAGUAGCCGGACUAGCGACUACACGCUACAUGGACGGGGCCACCGACCUGCCCGCUGCCUUAGCCUUCCUGACCUCCACCCUCCAGAGGGACGGCCGCUCUGCGGUCCCAAGGAAAGCGGUGGUAUUCACAGACGGCAGGUCCGAGGCCUCGGCGCGGCGCGGCAUCCCCAGAGCAGCUGCCGCCGCGCUGAAGGAGAACAUACGGCUACUGGCCAUCACUGUGGGCGAGGGUUACGAUGAGACGGGCGUGUCCCAACUGGUGACGGGGCUGGCCGGUGGCUUUGAUUACCACGUUGUGGAUAGACGUGUUCACCGAGUGGCACAUUACGCUGACCUGACCAGACUGGUGGUCAUGCAGAGUGUGGCUAGGAAGCUCUCGAAAGCACUCUAAAGCUCUUAAACAUCUCCCCACUUAAUGAAAUGUCAAUGAACUAGUGUCAUGUUUCACUUGUGAAAAUGAAAAGCUAUUACUAAAUAACCUCUGGUAUACAGAUUUAGUGUUUCUCAGAAUAUGUUUUGCUUUGUUUCUAUUGUGACCUUUCCCUCAGUCUUUGCCUCCACUUUAUCAGUUUCUUCUGUCAUACUUGAUAAGAUCUACUUGGCUGAUAAAUAAAUAAUUCUGCUAUAAUUAAA